AUGGACAAAUUGAAGCCGCUUUAUCCGUUUGCUCUGCAUCAGGCUAUCUUGAGGCUAUCAUCAGCUUCUAAUUCUUCAGUUUCAAGAUUGUUUCUGACUCGGAGCGUCAAUCGCGGGAGGCAGGUUCUCGUAUCACACAGAAUGGACAGUGGAGUCGGCGUUUGA